AUGCUUACCCUUCUUCUGCUGCUCACCAGCAUUUGCUCCGCCGCGGUUAGCAAUGAUCUAUACACUAGGAGCAAUUUACCUACAAGCUUCGAAUGGGACUCGAGUGGCAUCCUCAUCGCCCCCAAAAAUGACAGUCGGGACAUUGCAGGAAUCAAAGACCCAUCAAUCAUCCAGGUUGACGGGACGUACCAUGUAUUCGCAAGCACGGCCAAAGAAUCCGGCUAUAGUCUGGUGUAUUUGAACUUCACCGACUUUUCAGAUGCCAACUCGGCGCCGUUCUACUACCUGGACCAAACCGCGAUCGGAACGGGUUAUCGCGCGGCACCCCAGAUCUUCUAUUUCGAACCGCACAAUCUCUGGUAUCUGAUCUACCAGAAUGGCAACGCGGCCUACUCGACCAACCCUGAUCUCAGCAACCCGGCAGGAUGGAGCGCCCCGACCAACUUCUUCGCCAGCGAGCCCGACAUCAUCGCGGACAACAUCGGGAACGGUUACUGGGUAGAUAUGUGGGUGAUCUGCGAUGCAUUGAACUGCUACCUCUUUUCCUCGGACGACAAUGGCCAUCUCUACCGGUCGGAGACCACGUUUAGCGAUUUCCCAGCGGGGAUGGGCAACACCGUGAUCGCACUCUCCGACGAGACCGACAUAUACGACGUAUACGAGGCAUCGAACGUCUACCACAUCGGUGACAGCCAAUACCUCCUCCUCGUGGAAGCAAUCGGCAGCGACGGCAACCGAUACUUUCGCUCCUGGACCUCAACCAACCUCACCGGAACCUGGACCGGGCUGGCAAACACCGAGUCGAACCCGUUUGCCCGAUGGAAUAAUGUCCAAUUCAACGGCACCGCCUGGACGAAGAGCAUCAGUCAUGGCGAGAUGAUUCGGACAGAGGUUGAUCAGACCAUGACCAUCAGCACUGAGGAAUUCCGGUAUCUCUACCAGGGAGUGGAUCCGGCGGCCAGCGAGGAUUACAACGCGUUGCCGUGGAGGCUGGGUCUUUUGGUUCAGACUUAG